UACCCUGGGUACACUGUCAUUACUAGCGGAGACGCCGCGUUAAAUGUUUUUUGUUGUGCUCGCGAACUGUUCAAAAAACGCAAAAGUUUAUUGUUUUUAAGUGCUCUCGAGUCCGCAAAUGCUUUGCUGACUGCGCAACGCCGUAAGGAUAGAAAAGAACAGUAAUGCGAAAGACCCGCUCGCAGACGGCUCGCACGCAGGCGGAAAAUGCCGCUACUUCUACGGGGCCCGGACAGCAAUCAGCAGCGUUGGUGCCGUCAGCAGUGAACACCUUUGAUGCGGGCAAAUACAAGGAAUGUGAGCAAAUGGUGCAGAUGCUACGUGUUGUAGAGCUGCAAAAAAUCUUGUCGUUUCUAAACAUCUCCUUCGCUGGACGAAAAACCGAUCUGCAGAGCCGAAUUCUGGCAUUUCUGCGCACCAAUUUGGAACUGCUCGCCCCGAAGGUCCAGGAAGUCUACGCCCAGUCCGUGCAAGAGCAAUCCGCCACCCUGCAGUACAUAGAUCCAACCAGGAUGUACUCACACAUCCAGCUGCCGCCCGCCGUGCAGCAGAAUCAGAUGGGGCUGGUAGGCGGCGGGCCCGGCGGCCAGGUACCGGGCGGCCAAAUACCCGUGGUUGGCGGCGCACCAUUCCUACCCACCCACAGCAUUAACAACACGCUGCCCAUUCAUCCGGACGUGCGGCUGAAAAAGCUCGCCUUCUACGAUGUCCUCGGCACCCUGAUCAAGCCAUCCACGCUGGUACCCCGCAACACGCAACGUGUACAGGAGGUACCGUUCUAUUUUACAUUAACGCCGCAACAGGCUACGGAGAUAGCCUCGAAUCGGGACAUUCGCAACAGUUCAAAAGUGGAGCACGCCAUCCAAGUGCAACUGCGCUUCUGCUUGGUUGAGACCUCGUGCGAUCAGGAAGACUGCUUUCCGCCGAAUGUGAAUGUGAAGGUCAACAAUAAGCUGUGCCAGCUGCCUAAUGUCAUUCCUACAAACCGACCAAAUGUGGAGCCGAAGCGCCCGCCUCGUCCCGUCAACGUCACCUCCAAUGUGAAGCUGUCGCCGACAGUCACCAACACCAUCAUGGUGCAGUGGUGCCCAGACUACACGCGCAGCUACUGUCUAGCCGUCUACCUGGUGAAGAAGCUCACCUCAGCACAGCUCCUGCAGCGAAUGAAAACAAAGGGUGUCAAGCCGGUGGACUACACCCGGGCCUUGAUCAAGGAGAAGCUGACGGAGGAUGCAGAUUGCGAGAUUGCCACAACCAUGCUUAAGGUGUCCCUCAACUGCCCGUUGGGUAAGAUGAAGAUGCUGUUGCCGUGCCGCGCCUCCACCUGUUCGCAUCUGCAGUGCUUCGACGCAAGUUUAUACCUGCAAAUGAAUGAGCGCAAGCCCACCUGGAACUGUCCCGUCUGCGAUAAGGCGGCCAUUUACGACAACCUGGUCAUAGAUGGAUAUUUCCAGGAAGUGCUCAAUUCGACACUGCUCAAGAGCGAUGACACAGAGAUCCAGCUGCACCAGGAUGGAUCAUGGAGCACACCAGGUUUGCGUAGCGAGGCACAGAUCCUAGAUACUCCCUCAAAGCCUGUACAGAAAGUUGAGGUCAUAUCAGACGAUAUAGAACUCAUCACAGACGAUGCCAAGCCAGUAAAGAGCGACUUGUCCCCGGCACCGGACGAACAGCCAACGUCCACGUCAAACAGUGAGACUGUUGAUCUGACGUUGAGUGAUUCCGACGACGACAUGCCUCUGGCCAAGCGUCGUCCACCUGCAAAGCAAGCCGUCGCCAGUUCAACGUCGAACGGCAGCGGUGGCGGCCAACGUGCUUAUACGCCGGCACAGCAGCCCCAGCAAUCUGAGUCCCCAGACCUGCAGCAGGCCCGACAUCAAUCGCCGUCAGAGAUGCAGCAAGUCUUAGACCAGCAGCUGCAACUGCAACAGCUGCAGCAGCAACAGCUCGAACAGCCGGGAACGGCAGCAGCCGUUCAUGCCUCCCUCCUGGAAUCUUUGGCUGCUGCGGUGGCGGAUCAAAAGCAUUUCCAACUGUUGGACCUGGCUGCUGUUGCGGCUGCUGCAGCUGCCACGGCUUCCGCGUCGUCCUCCUCCGGCCAGAGUCAGAAUGCCGGUCCCUAGGCAGGACCACUGCCCACAUCCUGCUACGCAUCCAUCGCACAUCUCACCCCCCGCGCUUCAUUCGCAUUGCCAUUAAGUCUUUGAUUCGGUUUACCCUGCUUCUGUUAUCGCUCGCUCCUCUCCCCGCCCGGUAACCCAUGACCAGAUCUCACCUCAGGGGCUUAUUGCUUUUCGCUGGCAUAUUGGCGUUCCAUUCGCAGACACUAAUUUUCAUCAUCUCACACGCUCUCAAUCGCGAUCAAUCGCAAACAACCUACUGAUGCUACGUAAUUCUUGUGUGUUGUUGCAGGACGCAGGCAGAACAGACAGGCUUUAUAGGAGUGGGUCCAGGUCCCUCCCAGUGACCAUUGUCGUGCCCAGUUUCCCGCGGCAGGUGCCGAUCGGCCAGAUCAUGGCUACUGUCGCUUCCUCUCAAUUGCCUUACCCACUACUACAUUGUUUACGUCUUGUGUUUGUCACUUCUAAGUCGUCUCGAGUAUUUAUGUUGCGAUAUUCCCAGAGGUUUCUCUAUAAACCACACACCACACACACACACAACAAACCCACAAAGAAACAAAAUAACUGAAGUAAUUUUAGGAAUUGUACCAAUUAGCAGCAGCAUUCAUUAGCUAUUAACAAUAGGAAAUGCAAUUAAUUUAUUUCUCUUUCGGAAUCGCAGCGGGCAGUUGCAAGAAGUGAAGCCGCCCGCAACAAUAACUCGCCCUACGCACUAACAUUAUUAUUAAGCGUACAUACCUAGAUCGGAUGUUAGCCUUAAGUCCUGCCAAUGCAAACUGGGUGUGAUUCGUAUUCCUAACCACGAGGCGAGAGAGGAGUUCACCGCACACCCCGUCAUUUCAUUUAAUUAAGUUAUUAUUUACGUACGGAACGGGACACGGAAUGCGGCGCCCAGAAUGGAGUAGUUUGAAUUUGUUAAAAUAUUCCAUUAAAAUUCCGUGAGCAUUGGCAGUAAAA